AUGCAAGAAAAAGUAACGCUAAAAAAAGUGAUCGCCGUCGUGAAGUUGAGUGUGUUCGUUAUAUGGUUUUGGCCGUUGCCGCAGAAUUCCAGCAAACGCAAGCUAUUGUGCAUGAAGUUGUAUCAGUUCGUCUCUAUGAUACUGACUAUAGCUGUGAUAGCGUCGAUGUUGUAUGCUCUGGUGAAGAAUUUAAAAGAAGAUCUUAAUCUCGUUAUAAAAUCAGCUCUAGGUCUGUUCCCGAGCAGUCACGUUAUUUGGAACAUUUGGUGUCACAUAUUUAUUUAUCAACGUUUACAAUGCGUCACUUUCGAAAUGGAGAGUUUUUGCGCGUUGAUCGAGCCUCACGAAGAAGUGAUUUUACAACGAAAAUAUAUCAAUAAAUGUGCCAGCUUUUACGGAUUUUGCAUAGCUUCGUAUUACAUGACUCUUUUCGCUCUCUUCGUGGGACCUUUUGUGCUGGAUCAGCCACUCCCAGCACCAGCCGAUUUUCCGUUUGACGCGUCCCAUCAACCGCUGAGGACUAUUACAUAUCUGCAUCAAAUUGUUGUGGGCUUGCAAAUAGCUGCGCAUUUGUCUAUAAACGCUUUCAUGGCACUGUUACUCUGGGUGGUAUCAGCGAGGUUCAGAUUGCUGACCGAGGACAUACGGGAAAUCGCGAAUACUUACGAUUUCGUUAAGUGCAUCGAGAAACAUCAACACUUACUUAAAUACGCAAGGGAAGUUGCUUAUACAGUUCGCCCCUUUGCAUUGGGAACUGUGUUUUUCAGUACUGUCUCGUUAAUAGUAUUCGGUCUUAUUCUCAUUACAGGAGCAUCAUUACCAUUGAAGAUUCAAUUUAUCUUCUUAGCCUUCAGCGCAUUAUCAGAAGUAUUUAUGUAUGCAUGGCCUGCCGAACAUUUAAUCCAUAUAAGCAGUGACGUGGCACAUGCAGCCUUUGAGACAAACUGGUACGAUGGAUCGAAUAAUCUUCGGAAGAACUUACAAAUGAUUAUACUAAGAAGCCAAAAACCAAUAGUUGUUGCGUUGCCAUGCGGUCUACCUUCGUUAUCUUUACGUUAUUACGCAUCGUACCUGUCAACUAUAUUCUCCUAUUUUACAACAAUGCGAAUAAUGUUCGAAGAGCAAAGCAAUGAAAUAUAAACAGGAUGGCUUAGUUUGGACGAGUUUUGAUAAAGAAUAUCUCUGCUUUCUGUAUUAUAUAAAUUAUUAAAUUGUUAUUGGUAAUUUAUAUUAGACUUAUCUAAAUUAAAUAUUACUUUUAAAAUAUGUAAUAUUCAUAAUAUGAUAAAGUAUAUACGUGUAUCUCACUAGCAUUGUGUGACUUCUUAACGAAUUCCGUUAAACUUUAACGGUUAAGCUGGUCAUCGGCGAAAUGGUCCUUAAUAUGCAGUUUUAUCAAAACAACUUAUAUAACCGCAAUAUUUAUUUUAUUUCAAACACAAUGUAUGUUAAAAUCAUAUUGUCACUGUAACAGUUUAAGUUUUAAUAAUAGAAAUUGAAGUUCAACUAAUGUCUUGUAUCAUUUUAUAUGACGUUUUCAGAAAUAAAUAUAGAAUCAAUUAAAACACAAUGAUUAAACACAAUUAUUUGUUAUAAGGACAGUCAUGACGAAACGAACAAAUCUUCAAUGGAAAGAGAUAUUUUCCAAUUGUUCACAAAAUUUUCCAAUUUUGUUUUUAAUAUACUUUAUAAAUAUUAGCGAGAUGUAUAAAUGCAAGUAAUGUAAACAUGGUGAUAUUACUAUCGCUUGAAAUACCACACAUUACUUUGUCAUGAUCACUAUAACAAAAAGUUAGUAUAUUAUAAUUUUCUUUUUUUCUUAGUUUGCUUAAUUUAGAUGCUUAAUUUAGUUUUAUUUAUAAUCUAUUCUUAUAAUAGAUCCUAUGAUAUCACUUAUACAAUUAAAAUUGACACACGUAAAAAUAAAUUAAAG